AUGACUCUCUCUUUCUCUCUCUCUCUCACUCUCUCUAUCUCUCUAUCUCUCUCACUCUCUCUAUCUGUCUCUCUCUCUCACUCUCUCUGUCACUCUCUCUCUAUCUGUCUAUCUCUCUCUCUUUCACUCUCUCUAUCUGUCUAUCUCUCUGGGCAAAAUGCAUUUUUUUUUCUUUUGUUGAUCCCAGUAACACUUUUUCAUCUAUCUAUCGAUCUAUCUAUCUAUCUAUCUAUCGAUCUAUCUAUCUAUCUAUCUAUCUAUCUAUCUAUCUAUCUAUCUAUCUAUUUUCAACUCUAUCUAUCUCUGUUCAAAUCUAUUUAUCUCUCUAUCAAUUUACUCUAUAUCUAUCUAUCUAUCUAUCUAUCUAACCAUCUAUCUAUUUCAGUGUUCAAAUCUAUUAAUCUAUGUUCAAAUCAUCUAUCUAUCUAUCUAUGUGUUCAAAUCUAUCUAUCUCUAUUUCUCUAUCUAUCUAUAUCUAUCUAUCUAUCUAUCUAUCUAUCUAUCUAUCUAUGUUCAAAUCUAUCUAGCUAUCUAUAUCUGUUCAAAUCUAUCUAUCUAUCUAUCUACUCUCUAUCUAUCUAUCUAUCUAUCUAUUUAUUUCAGUGUUCAAAUCUAUCUAUCUAUCUAUCUAUCUAUCUAUCUAUCUAUCUAUCUAUCUAUCCCUGUACAAAUCUAUCUUUCCCUCUCUGUCUCUCUCGGACAAUAUUUUUCAAUGCUUGUUCACGAUUUAAGUCGAUAUUCAUUCUCGGGUAUCUGCUUUAG